CAUUAGAUCAAGACAGCCAAUCCUGACAAUUUCUUUGGCCUGUUUGAGUAUGGCACAAACAGCCCGCACCAGGACGAUCUGGACCAGUUCUUCACCGCCGCAAAUCUGAGCAUACCCGCAGGCUUCGGCCCGAAGGUCAACUUCAUCAACUUCAAGCCCGACGCACUCGAUAAAGCCAAGCAAUUCCGUUCGGCUGAGAUGCAGCUUGAUCUCGACAUGGCGUACCCCAUCAUCUACCCUCAAAAUGCCGAGGUCUACCAAAUGUAUGAUGGCCUCGAGUUCAACCUCUAUACACCCUUCCUCGACGCCAUUGAUGGCUCCUUUUGCGAGAGUGACGACCCAUCCCACGAUGGCGCUCCGGGCUCACACGCGUGCGGCGGCUACCGAUGCCCCAACGUUUUGUCUAUCUCAUACGGUUACAUUGAGGGCGCUGAAGAGAAAACUAUGUCGAGCGCCAGUGCAACGAGUGGAUGAAGCUUGGUCUGCGGGGCACCUCUGUCUUCCACGCCACGGCCGAUUCCGGAGUCAAAGGCCCUCUGUUCCAGAACUGCAAGGGUACGGACAAGUCCAUCUUUAACGCCCUCACCACUGCAUCUUGCCCAUAUGUCACUGCCGUCGGUGGCACCGAGCUACCUACUGGCAAAACUGCCGGUGACGCUGAGCAGGUCGCCUCACUCCGUUUCUCUGGAGGCGGCGGUUUCUCUAACGUCUUCCCCCGCCCGGCAUAUCAGGACGCAGCUGUGUCAUCCUUCCUCAAGGACCAUGCGCCUGCUUUCUCCUCAUACAACCAAACAGAUGGCACCUUCCCUGCGGAUGGCUCCGGUGGUGUCUUUAAUCGUGGCGGUCGCGCCUAUCCCGACAUCUCGGCCGUCAGCUCGGAGAGCCUGAUAGUUUUCAAUGGCAAAUCGCACCGAACUGGCGGCACAUCCAUGUCUACACCGAUUGUGGCGGCCAUAUUUAACCUUAUCAACGAGAACCGCCUUGCAGCUGGCAGGAAGCCGGUUGGUUUCGUGAACCCGGCCCUCUACCAGAACCCAGCUAUGUUCAACGAUAUUACCCUCGGUGGCAUGCGCAAGGACAAGGAAUAUGCCUGCAAGGGCAACAGUUUUGAUGCGACACCCGGUUGGGAUGCGGCAACGGGUAUGGGAACGCCCAACUACCCUGAGAUGUCCAAGUACUUUAUGAGUCUAUAAAUGUGUAUGAUGGGGCUGCUGCUGUAUAUAACAGAAGCCACAAUGGGUGGAUAUUAGUCUUGCAACAUCGUAGAUACUACUCUCAUAUUCUUAAAAAAAAAUUACCUUUAUAUUCAUAAGUGAACGUUUACCAAUAACCCGUUAAAAUAGAGCACCAUGCUUUCGACAUUAAGUUCACCCAUCAUCCAUAUGUCUGUAUAGGCUCACACUGGUUCUUCUCAGCUUAUGAACAAUCACGCAAUAUCCGUACCAAGAGUAGCAAGAGACACAACAGUAAUCCAGUCCGGUUAUGCCAGCGCAUUUCACAAUCCAUGCAGGCAUAAACACGG